AUGUACAAGUCCGAGCUGCACGCGCUCUGCUCGAAGAAGCAUUGUCCGAAGCCGGAGUUCGUGCAUACCUGUGAGGGGCCCGUACACUCGCCGGUGUUCACCGCCACCGUGACACUGAACGAGAAGAAGUUCUGCGCGGGCGAGGGCACGCCGUCGAAGAAGGAAGUGGACAAUCUCGCGGCCAGGGCUGCAUUGCUCAGUCUCGCGGACUCGUCAAAACCGUUCGAGAGCAAGACUGACUUCAAGACCCAACUUUCCGUGUAUGCUCAGAAGCUAGGCAAGGUGCCGCCUCUGUACAAACUCAUUCAGGAAGGUCCAGCUCAUGCACCUCGUUUCAAUGCUGAAGUAACCAUAGAUGGGCAGACAUUUGGGAGGCCAGAGUUAUUAUAUUAUAAAUUGAAGGAUGCUGAAGCUGCUGCUGCAGAAGUUGCUUUGGAUUUGUUACCCCCAAUCCCACCCCAGGAAUCUACGAUUCCAUCAUUGUCUUACAAGAAUUUCAUACAAGAAAUCGCUCAAAAAGAAGGCAUAUUAUUGCCUGUUUACAAUACAGUUCCAACUAACAAAGAAUAUUCCACUGCAUAUAAAUCAAGCGUUCAAAUCAAAUGUGAAAUUUUUGAGGGAGAGCCCAGGACAAGCAAGAAACAAGCGGAGAUGAAUGCUGCCAAGAUUGCAUAUCACCAUCUCGCGCUUCUAGAACUCGAUGGAGAUGACAAUGAGCGACCUGAUCAUUAG